GGAGCGCCGCUGGGAGCGAGCGAGUCUGGAAGAAGCUACAGUGGGAGCGAGAGUACGGGCGGAUCCGGGAAGGCCGACAUGGACGGGCCACCGCCGCCGCGCGAGGACAGAACCCGGGUUCCGGACCGCGUGACCCUGAAGAAGGAGAUCGGCUUGCUGAGCGCCUGCACCAUCAUCAUCGGGAACAUCAUCGGCUCGGGCAUCUUCAUCUCGCCCAAGGGCGUUCUGGAGCACUCGGGUUCGGUGGGCGUGGCCCUGCUGGUGUGGACGCUGGGCGGGGGCGUGGCGGCUCUGGGCUCGCUGUGCUACGCCGAGCUGGGCGUGGCCAUCCCCAAGUCGGGCGGCGACUACGCCUACGUCAGCGAGAUAUUCGGAGGCCUCGUGGGGUUCCUGUUACUGUGGAGCGCCGUGCUGAUCAUGUACCCGACCACGCUGGCCGUCAUCGCGCUCACCUUCUCCAGUUACGCGCUGCAACCCGUCUUCCCCGAGUGUGCGCCGCCGUACGCCGCCAAGCGGGUGCUGUCGGCCACCUGCCUCUUGCUGCUGACGUGGGUGAACUGCUGCAGCGUGCGCAUGGCCACCAGGAUCCAAGACGUGUUCACGGUUGGUAAGCUGCUGGCGUUGGGCCUCAUCAUUGCGGUGGGUGUGGUCCAGAUCUUCAAAGGUAAACAUCCUUUCCCCACGCGGUCUCCUCUUCUUACUCCGGGAAGACCGCCGGCAGCUCACAUCUUUCGGCAUCUUCUUCUCGGCCCGUCAGGGAACUUUGAGGCGCUGACUCCUCAGGUGGUCUUCUCCAUGGACCGGACCCCUUCGGUGGGCCAGAUGGCGCUGGCCUUCCUGCACGCCUCCUUCGCCUUCAGUGGAUGGAACUUCCUCAACUACGUGACGGAGGAGGUGGUGGAUCCCAGAAGGAACCUCCCUCGCGCAAUCUACAUCUCCAUCCCGCUGGUGACGCUGGUCUACACGCUGACCAACAUGGCGUACUUCUCGUCCAUGUCUUCUGACGAGCUGCUUUCUUCCAACGCCGUUGCUGUCACGUUCGGAGAGAAGCUGCUGGGCAUGUUCUCCGUCAUCAUGCCCAUCUCCGUAGCGCUGUCCACUUUCGGUGGCAUCAACGGCUACCUGUUCACUUCGUCAAGGCUGUGUUUCUCGGGCGCGAGAGAGGGUCACCUGCCUAGCCUGCUGGCCAUGAUCCACGUCACCAAGUGCACGCCCAUCCCUGCUCUCUUGGUCUGCUGCACAGCCGCCAUGGUGAUCCUGUGCAUCGGGGAGACACACAACCUGAUUAACUGCGUGUCGUUCAUCAACUACCUUUCGUACGGCGUCACCAUCGCUGGCCUUCUCUUCCACCGCUGGAAGAAGCCCAACCUCUACCGCCCCAUCAAGGUGCAUUUGGUGGUGCCCUUGUGCUACCUGAUGUUCUGGGCACUGCUGCUGGGUUUCAGUCUUUACUCUGAGCCCCUGGUGUGUGGUGUGGGCCUGGUUAUCAUGCUUACCGGUGUGCCCGUCUACUUUCUGGGCAUCCACUGGAAAGCAAAACCAAAGUGCGUCAACCGCUUCAUUGAGACGGCGACCUUGGUGGGCCAGAGGUUGUGUUUGGUGGUCUUUCCGCAGUUGGAACCCAUCGAGGUGGCCGAGCCUUCCGAGCGGACGGACCCGGCAGCCAGUUCGUCCGCUGACUCCUAAAAAUCAAAAGCAUAUCUGUGUUUAGAUUUCAUGCAGGCAGCUUAUCCUGCGGUGUGCGGUAGCGUCACUGUGUGACAUUUACGGACUUCAGCCGACUCGACGCCUUCUCUUCCUUACAGACUUUUGCACGUUGUUUUAUUUCCCAACACACAAACUUGUUCAACUUGUUCAUGUUUCCAGCAUCUCCUCUACUGGAAGAUGGCGAAGUCACUCACACAGCAUCGUCUCGGUGGCCGCUGACGAUUCAAAAUGUACUUUGAAUUGCUGUAAACUAACUGAAUGAUUCGAUUUGGAUGGUAGCACAUUUAUAAGUCUUUUCUUUUCUAUUGUAUGUGUUGAAUUCAAUUGUCCCUUUUCAUUCACUCUUCGCGGGUCACCGUGGGCCGAUAGGAAUAUGAGUUUGUUCAGUGUUCCCGGGGGACUCGUUUGACUGUUGCACAACGCACGAAGCAGGGCGAAGAAGUGUGUAAUAGUGUUCUAAUAAAAGCUGAAGUGAACGAACAUAAUUAUGGCUGGCUGACUGCCCGUUCGAUCCGCUGCGCAGUGAUUCUCAAACGUGCACUGGCGCAAGUAGUGCUACAGUUCAGUACAGUUCACUUCUAUUUACCUUUGAAGUUGAAUAAAUAACUAUGCAUUGAA